AUGGCAACAGAGUCCCUUGGCAAAUUUUCUUCCCCAUCGGUUUGUUGUGCCUUAACAAACAUACUCGCAUUAGGAGGACUUUCCGAAGACAGACCUAGCCGACCUUGAUGGUCUUCUUGUAAACUCGGAAAACUUCAAUCAGGUUUGAUCGAAUAUGGUGUUUGAUAUAAUUUACUAUCAUGUUUUAGGUUUUCGUUCAGCGUACAAAUAAAAAAUGGCUCCGCCGAACGCUAGACCGAGUGGCUUCCAGCCCAAGGCAUUUGAAUAAAUUAAUCGACAUACUUGUUCAAAUUGUUACAAGUGACCGGCAUCCAGAGUGGGUCAGACGUGCACUGUAUUGGCUCACGGAGAUAUGUCAGCAUUCACAGCUAUCAUCCCAUCUUGAGGCCUGCCGUCCAUCCUUUACGCGCCUCCUUUCGCACAGCAGUACAUUAGCUGGUACUUACGACCUUGUGAACUCAGCCGCAGAGAUUUCCAAAAAAGCCGAGCACUCCAAACCAACCAGAAACUCCACUCGGCCUGAACAUUUUAUACGCACCGGCUACGUGUUUGUUGAUGGUAUGUCGAUGCUUGCCACAGGUGCUCGACUCGAAAUUGUUUUGAAUAACUAUGACCUUAGUGACUUCAGCAGCGGGUUUUGGAGCGGACGUUUUGGGCUUGUAUUAUUUUCCGUUUAAACACCCAAUAACUGUCGUCGAUCUUAAAAUUCCUUAAGAAUGCUCCUCGUUAAACAUUCAGGGAAUCUAUUUUCGCAAGUUUUCCCACGAGGGUUCUGUCGCUCAUCCUGCAACACAGCAGAAGUCGCAGACUCGAGCAACGGUCAAGACUUCGUAGACCGUGUAACUAAACCAAAUCUGUGAUUGUCAUAUUUAUUGACUUCGGCAUUGAUGUUCUUUUCGCUCUAGACUCGGAUGACGAUUUCGGCCUUUCCACAAAGCGCCGUCGGCUAACGAAGGGACUUUCUGAAACGUAUUCUGUUGAGAACGCGGAGGACGAAGAGGAAAAAGCGAACGAAACUGAUGCAUCCAGUCUUUCACUCCUUAACGACAGUGAAAAUGGGGAGGAAACUCAGGAUGAAACGGCUGAUUUGCCGUCGUCUGAUGAUGGAGUUUUCGAUGUGGAGGACGAGACUUCUGUUAGUGACGGCCAGGUUGUUGUUAGAAACGACUCAUCAGUACAGACGCGAACCAGUCGCAGACCAAUUAGAGUCAGUGAUUCUGAAGAUGAUGAAGGCAGUGAUGGUUCCAGUUCACAGCAGGAGGUAAUAACCCUCUAUAUCCUAUUUUGCAUUCUGUUAAAAAUUCAUCUCCCAUCCUUGGAGUAUGUGUGUGCUGACGUAUUCUCUCUAGGGUUGUUGGCCAUGGUAAAAACAAAGAAUGGGGAAUUCUUAAAAUGUAAACCUGGAACUCGGUCCUUUUCGAUCUUUUCAAAACACGCUAACUUGCAAAUAAGGAUAAUAGAUUUUUGGUUUCCGAGGUAGCCAUUUGUCGAUUUGACCGUUUUUCAAGGGAGAGCCGACGCCUCCGAUUGCAAUCUGUCGACAGGCCGUGCCCUCAGUUUCAUGGGAUGCCUUAGAGACAAAGGACUAAGCUGGACGCACCCUUUGCUAGCCUGCCUUCUGCCUUUGCUGGACUCCCAUAGGUGGCAGCUGGGCCAACAUCUCUCAACGGAGGAUUCAAGCAAAACAGUCCAAGUUUUACGUCUGUUUACUGAGCAGUCUCGCAACCGAGGCGACGGUUGCAUUGAUAUUGGGGUUCAAAGCCUGAUAGACUGACUGCGCCACCUAUAUCAGGCGAGGCCCGCCGGUGACACCUUGACACAGCGACCGUGAACAGCAGUCAUCUACCUUUCGGUUUUGCUUCAACAAGCUAAUGCUCUGCGGAGGUGAUUCCGACAAAAAAACAAUCUAGAUCUUUGUUGGCUUUCCCCUACCUUGUUUCCUAGGAUUUCUCAAUAAAUAUCGACUAAUCCAGCCAGGCCGUACUAUAGCACCCUGGGUAGCCGACGCAAUUCACAAUCUAGUGGUACGACAAAAUAUUAGGCAAACUGAAUCUCCUACGAGGGAAACACCUCUUGUUUUGAAUGUGGUAUCGGGGUGGCGGUGCUACUUUGUGCCAACAAUUGCAAGAGCUGGUUGACAAACUCACAUAAGCUGUUAAUUGUUGGUAGUACCCAAAACGGCCGGACAGGAUUGGGCAAGUCAUUCUUGGUAGCUCUGAUUUGGAUUAUCAAUGCGUCCUUGGUAGAAGAGUACCUAAUAUUGUUGAUUAUAAGUGGCGGCUUUUCAACGAUACGUCCCCCUGCAUCGCUACAAACACCUGCCGACCUGCUACUCCAAAAAACGUUCUUGCAUCCAUUUAGCCUGUUUCCCUUCCACUCAGCCAAAGGUACCAUAGCUGGUCUCCUGCCACCAGAGGCCUCGCUGGUGCCAGAGCUACUGACACCUUUGGGUCCGAACGUGUCUUAGUGUUUACGCGCCUGAACGUUUGACUCAACCACACUCUACAGUAUAGUGCCAGACGCCCCGAUUUCGCUAGAUUCGGCAGCUUAACAUAGCCAAUACUCUAAAAGCAGGGAUCUGACUUUGUCUUGCAGCUCGGAUUCAAUAAAACAGUGACAGUUUAUUAUCGUUGGAGCCCUCAGUCCGCACCCAGAUUCAGCCGACAAUGCCGCACUGACUGCAGAAGAUGGGCUGGAUUCAGCAAUGAUGCAUUUUCUCACGAGAUCCACGAGAUGACGGAAAAUUCGGUUAGUGAUGACUACGAUGACUGUUACGUCCAAUUGGGACCAUCAGUUGGGCAUACCCAAAACGUCAACAACAGGCGAGAACUACCACCCUAUCGGCCGCAUCAAUUGUAAACCUCUUGCACGGAGUGACUUUUCCCUUGGCUAUAGUCGAACGUUUUUAUGAGCACUUUUAGCCCCUUCUCAACUUGAAAAACUGACUGGUUGCUUUCGUUGUCACCCUUUCAGAAGUUUUUUUCCUUCAGAUCAUGUAGCCUUCCGGGAGGAAAUCACAGAGUAAAUAUUGAGGCUAGGCAACAACGGGGCAUUCUGAGUUUGCUGCCGUCCGUCAGUCUUGUACCUAAACAUUGAUACCCUGACUCCGUGGGGUUACAGGACGAAAGUGAGAAUAAGUCGUCGUAUUGAGGUUCUAUCAUUCACGUGCCCAUUGUUGAGUAGAAAGAUGGAACGAACGGUGCAAUUGCCGUUAGAACGCUGAGACUGAUUGUUCGAGUGUCCACGUGAAUAUCACUGCCUUUCGAAUCGAAGACACACUUCAGAAUUUCGGUGAACAUUUCAUGAGACUCGCCACCCACUGUAUAUAUUUGACAAGGGGAAAGCAACUCUCAUGAUUAGUGGCUGCCAGCCCUCAGGCAGACGGUUUUAUAUAUCUCGGUCCAGGUUGUUGCCAGACGGCCGCAGUGGGGACGCCAUUUUCACUCUCAUGGACAGUGUUCCUAGGGUUUACUGGCCCGAGUAGGCGACUACUUCCGUCGACUGAUUUCCAUCAUUGAGAAGAUCCGCAGUAGAACAGCCUUCCGUCAGAUUCGGCUUCCUCUAUGACUGUGAAUACUGGGCUAUCUAUUUGGACGCGGACUUGCGAUAUUCAUUCUCCACAGCUAGAGGGACGUUUAUUAGCGUCACUCUCUGCGACACAGCUCUCCGAUCAGCUGUUCCCGCAAACGCCCCCAUCGUCAUUCCUUCUCCAAGCCCCACGGCGUCCAAAACGACGACCAACCCCACUACCGGUGACCACACCUAAUGUCCGCAUCCGUCGAUCACCGUCACCUCAGUCAUCCCUGCGACAACACCCGUGACGAUGACUACCACCCCCCACUCCCGCCACCUGUAAGAACGCUCCUGACGCUCCGUCAACCACUACUUUCACCAACACCGUUCCCGCCACCAGCAAUGCAGACUCAAUCCCAAAAUGUUCUCAUUGCGAUUGCAUGUUUGCCUCACACAUCAGCCUGGUCAGGCCGGCUCGGACGAUUGAUUGGAGCAAGGGAAUGGAGAGUCAGCGAGAGAGUGUGGUCGGCUCUCAGCGCGUUCCCCUUACUAUAAACAAUCUGGCGCACUUGAAGCUGUCACGGUGCGUUAAAAGCUGUGAUUUAGAAAGUUGCCAACUGACGAUUCGCCCUCGACCUCGCCGUUAUCGCGGUGCGUUUUUGUGGAGUGUGUGGCCGGUAGACUGGGUCAAACUGCAAUGGCUCCUUGCUGUGGACCCUACGACACUUCCACUCAGUUGGGAUCUGAGCCCAUCCCUUCUUGUUGUGUGAAAUCCUGAUCGUUUGUGCGCGAACCAGGGGUGCGUGGGCACGCCUGGGCGCGGGUUCAUGGCGCGCCAGCCGCCCGUACCUUUUCGCGCCUCUGACCUUCCUGACUCUCAUGACGCCAGGCCCAGGUUGGAAAGGAUGUGGGAGUGCGGUAGGCGCAGCGCAAGUCUACUGUCACCGUAAACUUGCUCACGCGCAGAUUAACCUUACCUGCACCCACCCUGUUGUGGGACACACGUUGGACAUCGUCGGAAUCGACGCUCGAGCUGUCGUUCCCCAAAACUACACAGGCCAGGUUUUCAAUGAAGGGGUCUCGUAUAUCACAUGAGCUGAUACCAUUAAGAACACAUUAGGAGGGAACCAUGCCUUAUUUGGUUGUUUCUGAUGAUAAACCGUCUUUGUCGCAGAUGUCUGUCUGCAUGAUAUACACGACCUCCACCGGUAGUGUUUUAUCUUCCGAAUGCCCGAAGUGGGCUAGCGAAAGCCUUCGUUCCAGUCGAUAGCUUGCGUACGGCAUGUGAAAUCCUUGAACCCAUCCCUUAGUUCAUCUACACUCAGUUAUCUCUAAAAUUUGCUUUCGACUGACUAACGGUUUGCCUCUCACCCCUACGAUAUAACAGGGGACAUCCUGCAAGCGUGGUAUGUCUACACCGCCGCUGUACGAUUUCCCGUUUAUGCCCAUGACGAACUCCUCCCUACUUGGCUUAUUUUCAUUGACUAUUUAGGAGGAUGAUGAGGAGGAGGACGCCGGUCAUGUUCCUGAUGAACUCACUGAUUACUCAGAGGAAGAGGGACCGGAUUCGGAUGAAGCGCGUCAGAACCGUCUUCAGUCUUUACGUUCGCCUCCGUUUAGUCCCUCUACCCCCCCUACACGUCCCAAGAGGCCACGUACCCGACGUUAA